AUGGACUGCCUUGGGCACUGCCUCAUUGCCAGGUUGUGGCCUGAAGUGGCUGUGCCUUUCCAAUUGACUGCCGAGGCAGUUGAGCAGCAAAAGGCAGUGCAGGCGUUGAGCAGUGAUACGAUCAGCACUCCGAUAGGACGGGACCGUCUCUAUCUCUCUCUCUGUCUCUCUGUCUCUCUCUCUCAAACUCUCUCUCUCUCUCAAACUCUCUCUCAAACUCUCGCUUUCAAACUCUCUCUCACUCUCUCUCUCAAACCCUCUCUCUCAAACCCUCUCUCUCAAACUCUCAAACUCUCUCGCUCUCAAACUCUCUCUCUCUCUCAAACCCCCUCUCUCAAACUCUCUCUCUCAAUCGCUCUCAAACUCUCAAACUCUCUCUCACACAUCUCUCUCUCACACAUCUCUCUCUCUCUCACAUCUCCCGGCAUCCGAGUUUGCCCGUGUGGGUGGUUCUCCCUGUUUUCUACCCCUCUCUGUCUUGUCUUGGGUGGCUGUCCCCUGUUCGUGCCUGGCCGUUGCGCUGGUCGAUUCGGGACCUUUGCCUCGCUGUUUCCCCCCGUGUUUUUGGAUUUGGCGCACUGUUCCGGCACUGCUUGCCUGUCUGCCCAAUCAUCCUGGCUGCUCGCUCGCUCGCUCGAGCGGUGGUGGGGUGAGGACUUGUUCGGCCUCUCAACGUGCUGCAAGGCGGGUUUGUUCUGGAUCAUGAUCCGCAGCAACGCCGGCGCCAUGUCGACUCCUGUCGAUAAAAAGGAAGAAAAGCGCCUCAAAGCCGAGGAGAAGAAGCGCCAGAAGGAGCAAAAGGCAGCUGACAAGCUUGCCGAGAAACAGCGCAAGGCCGCCGAAAAGUUGGCCAAGAAGCAGGGCCAGAAAAAGAGCAAAGACAAGACCGACACCGACGCAGACCCUGCUCCUGCUCCUGCCCCGGCCCCGACCCCUGCCGCGAUUCAAAGCGAGCCUGAGAAACAACCCGAAAUUCAGUCGGCUCCCGAACCUCAACCCAAACCUGAAACUCAGCCUGCGCCCGAGACCCAGCCCGAACCCGAGGCUCCUGCACCGGAAGAACAGCCCACAACUUCCAUAGAAACCGAGGCUGAGCCCCGGGCUGAGGCGGUCAGUGAGGCUGAACCAGAACCAGAACCUUCUGCCGAGCCCCAGCCAGAAGCACCCAUCGAGACCCCCAGUGCAGAAGCUGCCCAGCCCAAAUCCGAACCCGAACUUGCACCCGAAUCCAACCCAGAGGCCGAGUCAGAAGCCGCCUUGGCCGUAGUCGAGCAAGUCGAUGACACACCUACUCCUCAGCAAGCCACAGUGGUCAUUGAACCCGCCAUUCCUCCUCGUAUGUCCCGUCUUGGCGCCGCCCUCUCCACCCAUGUCAGCAUCAUUCUUCUCUGCUCACAAGCCCUUCUCACUUUCUUGUCCUUCCGCCUUGAUUCGCCUGAUUACCACACCAAUAGCCGUCGCACCGCGCUCUAG